GCGGGGGACCCAGUGCGUGGGACCGAGUGCAGGCGACCGCACGGAAGCCAGGGAACCGGGACGGUCAAGUGUUCUUGCCUACUUUUUAAUUUUUUUUUUUAAACGGGGAUAAAAAAGAACUUAUUUUGUCCUGCGUUCAAAAUGCCUCUCGAAAUUUACUUGGAUCUUUUUUCUCAACCGUGUCGCUCGGUGUACAUUUUUGCUAAGAAAAACAACAUUCCAUUCGAAUUUAAAAAGAUUCGCCUUUUCGAAGGAGAGCAGUACCAAGAAGAGUUUGGGAAGAUCAAUGUUCUGAGGAAAGUCCCGGCCAUCAAAGACGGAGACUUUACUUUGGCGGAAAGUGUUGCUAUCAUGAUAUAUCUGGCGGACAAAUAUGGGACCCCGGACCACUGGUACCCUGCUGAUCUGCAGACACGAGCCCGCGUGGUGGAGUACCUUUCCUGGCAGCACAGCGCCAUCCGCAUCCAUGGCUCCAAGAUCUUUUGGCUGAAGUUAAUGAUUCCCAAGAUUCUUGGAACGGAUGUUCCCAAGGAGAAGAUGGAUUCUGCACUGGAGGACCUUGAUGGUUCACUACGGCUGUUUGAAGAAAAGUUCCUCCAGGACAAACCUUUCAUUGCUGGACAGAAGAUCUCAUUGGCUGACCUGGUGGCCAUUGUGGAAAUCAUGCAGCCUGUGGGAGCUGGCUUGGAUGUAUUCAAGGACAGACCAAAACUGAGUGCCUGGCGAGACCGCGUCCGGGCAGAGAUCGGCAACGACUUGUUUGACGAAGCCCACCAAAACAUACUUGGUGCACAGGACAUGGCCAAGUGUAUUGACUCAAGCAAACUGGAAAUUUUCAAACCCAGGAUCCUUAAACUUUUCCUUUGAACCUUGUCCUAUAUCAUCAUAUUCUGUAGUCUGAAUCCAUACUCAGAAGCCACACUCUUGACUCUUGUAUUAACAAAGGGCUGAGAUGCCUUUACAGUACUGUGUGGCUCAUCUAUAAAGACCUGCGUCGAUAGUCUCAACAAAUAAAAUGCAUUUAACAAGACUUGGUUUAAUGUUAAUUUCACAAGAACAUUUUCAUAUACAGUAAUAAUGUGAUGGCGUAAGAUGUUUGUUACAUCAUCAGGAGGAUAUGUAGGUUUACUUAGCUUACUUGGAAUGUCUUCACCCUCCAUUUAAAUUCAAAAUCUAACAUACCAUCCUUGAUUUUAUUAUGUUAAGUGUUUUUACAUUGUAAUUUGUGCUGAAAAUGGAGUGACUCAGUCUGCUGAUCCUCUAUCCUUAACCGCUUGUCCAAGUCAGGGUUGUGGAGGUCCGAAGCCAGAAGUAAAGGGUGCAAGGCUAAGUAGGGUCCACCCUGGACUUCACUUUAUUACAAAGGAAAUGUGUAGUUAAACUAAUUUUGUUACCGUUUACUAAGGUCCACAGAGGGGAGCAAUGAGGGAGACUGCUAUUUUUUUCACUCCACCUUUGACCGACAUAUCAGAUCUGGCAAAAAUAGCCUCUAUUCACAUUGAUUUAUUUUAGUCUGAUGUUUGCGCAAAGCUGACGUGGCCUGCUCUCACGGGAGAGGAGAGGAAUUUUCAGCACUACUAUGCAAUCACCUCAGUUUGCUUUGUAAACUGAAGUCCAGCUUUGGAAUCUGCAAAAAUGUUCCUACCUUUUAAAAUAUGACAAACAUCUGUACAACUAAAAUAAGGUACGUGGACUCAACUAGAUGGAAUGUCAUAUACUAAACUUAUUGUAAUUGAUAAAACUGUAAGUAUGAACCAAAAGUACAUAAAGGAGUCUCUCGGGGAAAAGCAGGCACAGGUGACCUAUGAACCCAAAUUGCACAGUGCCAUUAAGCACUGUCAAAAUUAUAGUUUUCCUCAUAAUUUUACUCACAUUUGCCAUAGUAAAAUGUAUCUUUAGUACUGAAUUUCCUCAAUUUGUCAGCUUUGUGUGUAAAAAAAAAAAAAAAAAACCAUUAAAUAUCGCACAGCCUUACAUGUUCUGG